GAGAAUAUUUUUGCAAACCAUAACAAACAACAUGCUACAAGUGCGCGAAAAUGUAAAUUGGUUUAUUCACAACCAAAAAGAAAAUUAAUAUCUACCGGUAUUCUGAUAAAAGUGUACAAUGGCUGGAGAAGUGAAAUUUCAUUUAGCCUCUAUGAUUGAAGAAACGGAUUGGAUACAACUAUUCACCGUGGACCAUCGAAAGGAAAUAAAACAACUCUUUUGUGAUGUACUUCACUACAGAACAAGUGAUCACGUCCACAAACUUUUACGAAACCUGGAUGAUGUGCACAAAGGGAAAGUUGUCAUAGAGAAAGCCCAUGGAAAUGAGACUCGUGUGCAAGCCUUCAUCACCAUUGUCAUCAGAUUGUACUGCCAUUGUAUUGAAAACAUAAAACUGGCCAGAUCAAUGGAAAAGUUUUUACUGCCACUGAAGCCUGACUAUUCCGACAGAAUUGCAGAAGAACUGAAAGUAUUUUUCUUGGAAGUUAUUCAUGAGCAUCAUCCCGGGGCUCAGAAGCUGACUGCAGCUUCAUGUCUUCUACAACAAAGUGACGUAGUACGAACCGCAGCAGAGCAGAACAUGUCAGAAAUUCUAUCAUGGAUACUUAGACAACUUACUGAGGUUCAGAAUUCAAUCUCCUCCAAUGAUAUUGGGAAAGAAAACCUCUCCAACAUCACUGUCAUUGUAAAAGUUGUACUUCAGCUCUUUCUAUCCUGUCCAUCAACCACAUGUGUUCUGGCAUGGAGGAAGAACACGGAGGAUGAAAUCGGACAAACAUUAAAACAGAUAUUACUUCACCUGUUUCAGAUAUUAGACAUAGAGACAUUAACAGCUGAUGUCAAAAUGUUGUCUGGGACAGCCAUUGGGAUAUAUCUGGCAUCUGCUCCAACAUAUGGUUUAUCUGUAGGCACAUUCUGGAUAAUUUUCAGCAACAUAUUUCUAGGUAGCAAAUCUCACGUGUCGUCGUACGAGGAAAUGAUGACAGAAGGAGAGAUAGAGGAACAUUCCUUGCUACAGCUACGACUCGGUGCCAUUGCUAUGGUGAAAGGAAUUUUAGCAUGUGCCAGUGAUGACUGUCUAGCAUUCCAUUCGAAAGACUCUGUGCCAUUUUGUGUUGAAUUGUUUUCGGAAGUGCAUGAAUUUUGUAUGGGCCCACUAUCUUUACGCUACCAUGCUUUUAGUCUCCUGCAAACAUGGUUUACUAAAUUUCUGCAUUUAGUAUCUUCAGAAGCAGUCCAGAGUAAAGAUUUCAUUGAAUCUUGUUUAAUAAAAAAGACUUUAGAUAUUGUGUGGCUUAACUGGGAUAGUCCUGUUGAUGAUGUAUCAGAAUUAGCAUCAGAGUCUUUGAAAUGUUUGUUUGAAGUGUGGGAGGUAGCUCACAAAGAAAAAGACUGGAAGAAUACAGAAGACCCAGAUGACUUUUAUUCUUCUAUCUUUCUGAAGUUAAGGAGUGUUCCUUGGUAUAUCAAGGGCCAAUAUAAAGUGAUGUCAGCCCUGGUGCCCUAUGUAGGGUCACAUUAUAUACUCAGAAAAUACCCAGAGUUACCACAGGAACUCUUAAGAUGUCUGACAACGAACUAUCUGGCUUCCGCUGCCUCUGAUGUGUACAAAACCCUUGUAACCAAUCAAAGGGGCACGGCAGAGAAAGACGAAUUGUUAAAGACCUGGGAUGCAUGCUGGUGGUCCACUCUUCAAUCUGGUUUUCUGAGCGAAAAUGUGCUUCAGAGAAAUAACAUCAACCAGUACUGGAUUCCAUCGACUGCAAAGCUUUCACCCGAGUUAGGCUUUUAUAUUCAGGACAGACUUGUACAGAGGCUGAAAGACUCGGGUACAACGACUGACAGAACAUGGCUACUGUUUGCAUAUUUGUCUCUGUCAAAGGUCAUCAGGGGGACACAAGUUAAUACAUUACAGAACACGGAGUUGAUCCGGGAAGGAAUGUACUCAUGUCAGGAUGAGAUUCGAUCUGAGGCACUGGGUCUGGUGUGCAUGUCGCUAAAGAAAGCAGAACCACUAUCAGAGACAGAGGAUGCUCUUUUGAGAGAAGUUCUGCCAUUGAAUUUGAAAGUGGAGUCGGCUCCGUUUCGUCAGCAUUUGGCGUCUCACCUGAAGAGGCUUCUGGCGCGAGUCAGGGACGGGGCGAUAGCGCUCCUGAAGUCUGGGGACUCCAAUAGGCUGGAUGUGUCUCUGCAGUUUGUGGAAUGGCUGCACACUCUGUGUAUAAACAACCUUGUUCCCGGGGGCUGCUACCAGAGACAUAAAAGCUGUCUAGAAAUACUGUCCAUUCUGUAUGAAACUUUCCAGUACAACGAGAAAGCAAGGCAGAGGAAAUCGUUUACUCCUGAGAGCACCAAGAAAUUGAAUCAAUAUGUGAAGGAGAAGGGAUUAUGGGACUUUUUUGGUUACCAAAGUAAUGUCGCACUAAUCACAUGUUUACUAGAUGGAGCUGAUGAUAUUCAGGAGCUAGCAGGCAGUUUGUUGUUGGAGUAUUAUGCCUGGCCACUAGAUGACAGCACGGGGCCAUCAGGUGACUGCUCUGAUGGCACACUGGAGUGUCACCUGUUUACAGAGGCACUGCGAAUGUGUAACAGCCCCAAACCUUACCAGUGUCGGAGUGGAGCUCUUCUGUGUAAACUUGUGUUUAUAAAAUGUGUAAAGGAGAAUGGAUGGUAUUUCACCGUACAGUCUGGCCAGUGGAAGAGAGGCUUGGCUUCAGCCACAGAAACGAGAAGUCCAGUCCAUGCUUUCCUCCAUCACAUGAUACAAGAAAUCCAGAGACUGCUGGUCCAAUCCCAGAAUGCACCUGUGAAAGCCUCCAAGUCAUCACCUAUCCAUGGUUAUGUGACUGCAGUGACAAGAUGUCUAACAGAAUGUUCAGAACUAUUGCAGCAUAACACAAUUACAAACCUUGCACAACAUUACUUUAGUCUAGUUCAGCUAAACACUCAAAUUAUCCAAACAAUGCUGAACAUCAUGGCCCGAGGCUCCGAGUCCGAGGGCUGUCCAUCCUUUGCAGAAAUUGGCCAGGCACUGGAGAGUUUAAUCCUGGAAAAUGAGGAGGAUUACCGUCAGACCGAGACAAUAUCAGGGGAACAUCAGUAUUUGUUGUCCUGGUGCUGGGUCAAUAUCAAGGAGAGUUGCAUCAGUCUUGGACAGUUGUCCCACAUCCUAAUCAGUUUCGCUGUUGCCUUGGCAACAGAUGUCAAGGUCAUCCGAUCAAUAGGAGAUACUUUUGUAAAAGUUCUGACACAAUGUAGACAUAGGGGUGUCAUAGAAGGAUGCAGGGCAGCCUUCACGGUCUUCUGCUCAGCUCUGUUUGAUUCAAACAACACAGAUUUUGCCAGCAUUCCACAAAGUCUUCUUCUGGAGUCAUUUGAAAGUCUUGAAUCCAAAGCGACAUCCACCUCCACGACCAGGAAGUCCGCUGGUCUGCCAGUGAUAAUCCAGUCAAUCGUUGCCUGUGAACGGCGGAACAAAAAGAAUGAACUGAUGGGGAUAUCUUUGGGUCGAUUAUUCGACAUGGCUGAAUUACCGCUAGAGACGGUCAUAGACGACAGACAUGACCUACCCCAGGUUCAUGCUUUGAACAUCCUCAAGUGUUUGUACGGAGACUCGAGCCUACACGAAGCCCUGAUGCAGUUUAUUGGAAAAGCUGUGAUACUGGUUGUGGAACAGUUUGGGUCUCCAGCGUGGUCAAUUAGAAAUGCUGCUACCAGAUUAUUUAGUGUUUUGAUAACCAGACUCUUUGGACAGAAGAAAAUUGUUGGGGCUCAGGUCUGCAAUACCAAGUCUCUCCCAGAGUUGUCUGCCCAUUAUCCAGAGUUAAUCCCUUAUCUCCUUCAGAGCCUGGAGAGUGCUCUACAAAGGGAGAUAACUGCUAUUGAUGCCUUACAUCCUUCUCUUUUUCCUGUUCUAACAAUUCUUUCAAAUAUGGGAAGACUUGAUCAAAUAGAUGAAUCAAGUGAGGCAUUGCCACUGAGGAGUUUUGUGAAGACUCUGUUGAGAAGCCCUGUGUAUUCUCUAAGACAUUUGUCAUCAGCUGCAUUCGUUGCCUUGGUUCCCAUGGAGAUGACCAGAGAAACCAUUAAAGAACUAAUUUCUGAACUUACACAAUCCACAGACACCAACUUCAUCCAUGGGGCACUGGUUUCCAUGGAGAUAUUGAUAAAAAGUUGUUCUGAAAUACCAGAGGAUGUUACGCAAGCAAUGCUGAAAAUAUAUAACAAUGGAGUCACCUUACCAGACAUUGUGUCAGCUCAGUACAUAAGACUGAUGUGUUGUCUAGCAAAUAAAGAGAAGAAAACUGCCAGAGAUGAAAUACUUAAGUCGGUGACAAAUUAUUGCUCCGGAUCUCGCAGAGAUGAACGAAAGGUGUCAAAGCCACUGACCGAGAAAGCCUGUGUGGAUUGUUUGCUGCAACAUGGAUGUCAUUCAAUCUCUCUAGAGGUGUUGACUAAAGAGCAGGUGGAUGCAGAUGUUAAAUUGUAUGUAAUAGAAAAAUUCAACACUCUAGUCAACGAAAGAAGAACGCCAUGUGCCAUGCCCCCUGAACUGCUUAAGUGUAUACAAGCAGAGAGUUAUCCCCCUUUAAAGAGUGCUCUGAUGUCCUGUGUCGCUGAACUCUACAUGAAAUACAGGUCACUGAACCAGACGGAGGUACAGAUUCUGAAGGGAAUAUGGCAGCAGAACAAAAGUAGAGUGUAUGACAAAGGAAUUUUGGCAUCAGCUGUUCUACAUCUAGGUUGUGUGUAUUUGGAUGCCAGUUUUGCUAAUGAAGACAUGGUAACUAAAGAUGUGUUGAUGAUUUGCGAUGCUAUGUACCAUCUCAGUAUCAGAAGUGAUUGCUGCAAGCUGGCCGUCUGUCAUGGUCUGUUGAUUAUUGGUAAAGGUGUCCUGAGGUUUUGUCAACAACGGAAAGAACAAGCACUAGUUUCCUCAGUCAUAAAGAUGUUUUUCUGUGUGUGGAAUCUUGUGCAGGACAAUGAUUCUGACAUCAGAGUACAGGCCACUCAAUUCACAGCAUCCUUCUCUCAGGAAUUUUAUCAGUAUGCAUCACUGCAGUGCAAUACAUGUUUACAGGAAUGGAUUAAUUACUUCAGUGGUCAUUUCUGGUGGUCAACGCAAGUGGUGAAAGAGUGUUUGCAAAAGUUGUAUCAGCCACACAGCAUUCGUGAGAUAUCGGGGAAGUCACAACAGAGUAAACAGUUGUAUGAAGCAGAAGACAACAGUUUCUUCUCAGAGUCCGUCUUUAAUUCUGCGUAUUUGUUCCAAAUGUUACAGAAAAUGUUGGUACUGAGUGGCGCUAAUGAUGUCACACAUUCCCUGUCACGAGAGGAGAUUCAGGUGGAUGACCUUGUCCAGGAUCUACAGUUUGUGCAAGAACAUCUAAAGAUUUGUGAUACUUCAGUUAUCAGUGAAGUCUGUGAGCCACUUUACUUCAGGACAACCGUAGAGCUACUGUUAAAAGUUAAACUACUCGUAGAGGAGAAGCCAGACUGCUUAAAGGAUGAGGACUUGUCUCAGCUGAGUGAUGGUUACAUCAACAUAGCAACAAACUUGAAGACACCUGUUGCAAGAUUUCUGAAGAAUUCACUUCAUUUAGUGUAGACAAUAUCAAUACAUUAAAUUUUAAAUCUGAAA